CUCACUUCUUCCUUCAGUCGUUCAUUACCAUUGUCUGUUGAGGCUGGCUCUCAACUUCGAUUCCUUUUAAGUUUGUCUCUAUAUUAUCCAUAAAUAUAUACAUACCUGUUUCUUCCUGUCAAGAUGCGUUUCCUCUACGGUCUUUUCCCAUUCGUUGCUGCCAUCACUGGCGCUGUUGCAACCAGCGACGCCGAUGAAUGGUGGUUUGGCGACAGUCUGUUCUAUCUGGGCCCUCCCAGCUCAGGCAUCAACAUCACCAAAGCCACCUACUCCAUUUUGCCCCCCAGCGUGCCUUGCGGAUACACCGUGUCUAACCCCGAUGAUGAGAUCUGGGUUGCCGUCUGGGUCGGUGCCUCCUCCACGGCUGGCAGCGACUACGCAAACCUCUACCAGCCCGUUUUCGACUGGUCUCCCAACCAGGAAUCCCAGGGCUGCCCUGCCUCCGAAACUGAAUGGUGUGUUGCGGCGAGCACUUAUACUCCAUCUGGCCAAAUCGGACAGCCCUACGUGACGGUUCCCCAGGGCACCACAGUCGAUUUUGAGAUUGCUGUCGUCGGCGACAACGUUGUGCAGACUGUCACCAUGGGUGGAAAGGUGAUUUCCAACCAGACAGAAGCUCUCGACAGUGGCCUCCAGUACUUGUACUCUAGCAAUGAAUGCUACACUGGCUCUGGCAGUUGCGGAACCAUCGAUGGCUACACUAUCUCUAAUCUCACGGUCACUCUGAGCUCCGCUGACGAGAAGUUCGCCUCCGUCAUGGGGCUGUACGAUGUGACCGCCUCGUCCUUCACCAGCGCCGACGGUGGCAUUACCUGGCACGCCGACUACAUUAACACCACUGUCGUUGACUUUGAUGAUUCUGCAGAGGUGAGCCAGUGAGCAUAUAGUCCUUAGGGGCUCGUCUUGUACAGCGCGGCGUGGUCAAUAUUUGCGUGUCUAUAUAUCUUCACGUAUGCAUGUAAAAGAUAAGAUCUAUUCUUUUAUAUAGAAAUAUAGAGAUAACACAAGUAGAUUUUUAAG